AUGAAGCUUUUCAAGUCUUUUGUCGCGGCGUCGCUGUUUGCCAGCAGCUGGCUGCUGCCCCUGACCCUAGGGGAAUCAGUUGCCCGUGCCACGGAUCGCAAGAUCGCUCCCAAGGUGUUCAUUCUGUCCAUGUUUGAGCCUGAAGCUGAAGUGUGGUGGGGCAUUCCGGAAUUCAACUUGCUGGCGCAUAACAUCACCGUCCCUGGGGCAUCUCCUCUCUUCCCCAAUGUUCACUGCACAGAAGACUUCCAGGUCUGCCAGCUGGUGACCGGUGAAACUGAAAUCAAUGCCGCGGUCACCGUGUCAUCUGUAAUUUUCUCGCCUUUCUUCGACCUCCAGCACACUUAUUUCCUCAUUGCCGGGAUUGCGGGAAUUAACCCUAAGGUCGCCACUAGCCUCUUCGUCCAAGUUGCCCUGCAGUAUGAGAUUGAUAUACGAGAGAUGCCGGGCGCAUAUGCGCCAAACCAAUACCCUACAAGCAUCUACGGCACGGAAGUGUUCGAGGUUAAUGCUGAGCUUCGCUCAAUGGCCGCUGCAUUCGCCAGAAAAGCUCAGCUAGCAGACAAUGCCAUAGCCAAGCAAUACCGUAGCUUGUAUGCCACUCCAGAAGGCAUCUACGCUGCUGCUACCAAGGACCCGUCCGUGCUCGAGUGCGAUACCGCCACGAGCGACGUCUACUUCAGCGGCCAUUACCUCGGCGAUGCAUUCGCAGACUUCACUACCCUGAUGACAAGCGGCAAGGGGCAAUACUGCAGCACUCAACAGGAGGAUAAUGCGACCCUGGAAGCUCUGCUGCGUGCUGCUGCCCAUGGUGUGACCGAUUUCGCUCGAGUCAUUAUCAUGCGCACAGCCUCGGACUUUGACCGAGCGCAUUCAAACCAGACAGCGAUGGAUAACUUGUUUUAUGCGGAUCAGGGUGCCUUUGAGCCAGCCCGUGGAGAACCUCUAUCCGUGUUCGCUCAGGGAGUGAAGCCGUCUAGCUAUAUUGGUGAUAUCUUCGGAACUCUUGGUGGGACCCCUGACUUUGGAGAUAAUGUGUCCAAGACGAAGAGGUUGAUCAGUCCAUCCAGUUUGUUAUACCUUGUUUUCCUACAUCGGACUAGAUGA